AUGGUCAAGCAGCACAACACUGACCACACCACCGAGACUAGCAAGACGGCGACGAGCACCACGGAGUCGAGUAGCACGACGAUGACCAGUACAUCAGCGUCGAGCAUUACAGUGUCUAGCAGCACAUCGUUGACGAGCACUACUGAGACCAGCCAGACGUCGACAAGCACCAGCGAUUCGAGCAGCAUGACGUUGUCCAGCUCCACAGAGUCAGACACCAGAUCGUUGACGAGCACUACUGGGACGAGCAGCACGUCGUUAAGUAGCACCACGAGGACGAGCAGCGCAUCGCUGACCAGCAGUACUGGAACGUCGAGCACGACCCUAAGCAGCACCACGGAGUCGAGCACCACGUCAGUGCAUACCACUACCGAGACAAGCAGCAGUGCGACGAGCAGCACGACGUUCAGCAGCAUCACGGGAUCGAGCAGCACCACGUUGACCAGCACCACCGAGACAAGUAGGACGGCGACAAGCAUCAGUGGGUCGAGCAGCGCGACAUUGACCAGCACAACUGGCUCCAGCACGACAGGGUCUAGCAGCACAACAUUGACCAGCACUACCGAGACUAGCCAGACGUCGACAAGCAGCAGCGAUUCGAGCAGCACGACGCUGUCCAGUACAACCGCGUCUAGCACCAUCUCGCUGACAAGCACUACAAAGACAAGCAGCACGACGAGAAGUACCACUACGACAAUGACAAGCACUACUGAGACAAGUAGCAGAACGAUGACCAUCAGCAGCACACUGACUGGUACGACCAAGACCAGUACUACGUCAGCAACAAGCAGCACCACCCUUCUCAGCACCACCGACUCUAGCACAACAGUUUCGAGCAGCACAUCGUUGACCAGCACCACUGGCACAAGCAUGACGGCGACAAGCACUAGCGAGUCGAGCAGCACGACGUUAACCAGCAAGACAGCGUCGAGCAGCACAUCAUUGACCAGCAGUACCGAGACAAGCAGCAAUACGUUCACCAGCAGCACAAGCUUUACCAGCGCGUCGUUAACAAGUACCACGGGAACCAGCACCAGCUCCCUCACGAGCAGUCGCACUAUGUCCAGCACGACACUCAGCAGCACGACGCAAUCCAGCACCAGCACAAGUGAAACGAGCACAACGACGCUGAGCACUUCCACCGACUCGAGCACGUCGUCGCUCACCAGUACCACCACCAGCUCCAUCACCGCCACGCUGACAAGCAGCACUACCUUGACCAGCACGACUGAGACAAGCAGGUCAGGUACCAGCACCGUCUCGUUCACCAGCCAUACAGAGACAAGCAGCACGACUCUCAGCAGCACAUCUGGCUCAAGUAGUGUGACCCAGACCUCUUCGACAACCCUCACGAGCAGCACCGACACUAGCACAAAUUCGUGGACAAGCUCGACGAGCGUAAGCGGCACAAUCACCACGACAAGCUUGAGCUCCACGUCAACAUCUUCGCUGAUCAGCGCAACCGCGACAAGCAGCACAUCCCUUUCAAGCACAACGGCCACGAGCACCUCAGCCUCGAGCACGCGGUCCAGCACGACCACGGAGACGAUGGUGAGCAUCACGGUGACCAGCGCGUCCAGCACCACCAGCAGGACCACAGCGACGACGGGUACGACAACCACAGUGUCCAUCACAAGCACCACCAUGAGCAGCAUCACCACGUCGGGGACCACCAGCUCCCUGACGUCCACCUCCGCGACCAGCGCCACCACGCUCUCUGGCACCAGCUCCACCACCGUCCGGACGGUGUCCGCGACGAGCACGUGGUCGGCGUCGUCGACGACCACCGUGCACUCCACCACGGUGACGACCACGCUGACGUCUACGACAGAGACGGGGACCGCGACGAGCUCGGCCACCACGGCGACCACCACGGCGUCUUCCACCACGAGCCGGACGCUUUCUUCCAGCGUCAGCACGACGACCGGCAGCAGCACCACUGCGGGGGAACAGACACUUGGUGGCUCCCUGAGCAUCUCCGUGUCCGAGCCGGCAGCUUUCGCCAGCGACCCGUUGGCUCAGAGCGCCGUCGCGACUUUCGCAUUGAAUUUCAACGUGAAGUGCUCCGGACCUGUUCACAAGUGCGCAGGGAGCUUCACGUCGGGCACCGCGGGGCGCCGCGAGGCGCGACGCCUGGUGGCCCAGGGCCCAGCUGCCGCCGCGUCCGACGGCGGCGAGCGGGCGGGCGGUGCGCAGGACGGCUUCCCCGCGGCCGCUCAGGGCAUCCUGGGCGUCCAGACUGACAGCGGCGCCCGAGGCAGCACGCAGGCCGACCACCCUGCGGCUGCCCGCGGCCUAGCGCCUGCCACGACCGACGGCUGCGGUCGGGACAGCGGCAGCGGGAUGCAGGGCGCCGUUUACUCCGUGACCGUGACGGGCGUGGAGGGGGGCACCCCGGGCGUCGCCCGAGGGCUGCGGCUCGACUUCUCGCGCUGCCGCCGGGCCGCCACCAACAGCGUGCCGCAGUGGAUGGCCGACGCGGGCAUGGACCUCGACGUCGGGUGGGGCCUCAAGAAGAGCAACAAGAGGGCUCUUGGCUCGAGCUCAGACUGCACCUGGCUCGACACCCUCCAUUUCUUCCAGACCAGAGAGCCCCAGCUACUGUGGGCAAAAACAUCCUCUAUGGCGGCGGCAAGCUCAAGCUCGGGCAGCGUGCCGCAGUGGAUGGCCGACGCGGGCAUGGACCUCGACGUCGGGUGGGGCCUCAAGAAGAGCAACAAGAGGGGGGCCGACCUCGGCUCCACAGCAGAGGUCGAGCAGCGCACGGCGGCGAGGCACAAGAAGGGAGCCAGCAAGGCGCAGGUGGUGCAGCAGCUCGUCGCCAUCGUAGGCAAGCUCGUGCUGUCGCUCGCGGGAUACCUGCGCUCGGUCCUCAGCGUGGUGUUCGUCACGGCGCUGGUGCCAGUGGGCUUGCCGUUCAUCAAGGCGGCGACUCAGGCGGGCAAGGACUACCACGAGGAUGCGAUGCAGCUCAGGGAGGCGCACAACACGGACGAGAACAUCGACACUGCGCAGCUGGGCUCGCUGCGUCUCCACGUGUGGAAGGAUUUCGUGCGUGCUCUUCUCGCGGGUACAGAGGAGGGCCAGGCCAGGGACACGCUCUCGAAGUACUGGGAGGAUCACGUGAUGCAGUACGACCUCAAGGAUUCGGACCUGGACAUCAAGUACUUCAGGGCGAGAGUCCCACAGGGGAAGGAGCUCCAGAAGCGCUCCAAGAGGAUGGAGAACAACAUCAGACUCCAGCUGGCCCUCACGACCACGCAGAUCGCCACGGAGCUCAAUCCCAUCCUGCGCACGGAGAUCGUACGCCACGGGGGGGAGAUCACGAUUGGAGCGGCGCCGAGGGGUGUUUUGGAGGUGAACUCGCAGGCGCUCUUGAACAAGCUCGAGCAAAGCUCGACGAAGCACUGGGUGCCGGUGUACCGACAGGUGCACACGCCCCGCAAGCGGGGGUCGGCGGAUCACCACGACUUCUGUCACCACGAUUUCUGUCAGCACGACCUCGAUCACGACCACGACGCAGGCAGUGACAUCGACGCAUGCCACUCCGUGAAGGAUCGGACAGGGGAGAGUUACCAGCAGAUAUUCCCCAUUUGGUCCAUGGCGAUGACCAGGAACCAGAGGCAGCUGGCUACCGCCACCAGCGACAAUCGUAUCAACCUGUGGUGCCUAGUCACUCACAGGUUGCUGAUCCCACUCGCUGGCCAUGCCGACACGAUCUGGCGCGUGGCGUAUUCACCCGACGACACAAUGCUCGCUUCCGCGAGCGCGGACGGCACAGUGCGGCUGUGGGAGGUGGGCACCGGCCUACCCCUGAUGACGCUGCCGAGGAAUCACGCCAAUUGGGUGUGGAGCCUCGCGUGGACACCUGACGGCUCGCGGCUAGCCACGGGGGGGUCGGACGCGCGGAUCAUGAUGUGGGACGUGGGCCAAGCGGUGGAGGCGUCGAUCAAACUGCAGCAGGCCACCGAGGAGGCGCGCCAGGACGCUUAUUUCCUCGAGGACCUGGCCAACCGGAUGGAGGAGAUGUCUGCGCUAGCCAAGCCGGUGCUGUAUUGGCAGGCCCACGAGAAGAGCAUCACGGACCUGCAGUUCUCCCCGCCAGAGCCGCAGCUUCUGAUCUCGACGGGCUCUGAGGGGUCCAUAGCCGUCUGGGACUCCAGCACAGGAACCGGAAUUCUGGACUGCCGGGUCAUGGGCCACAUUGGAGCGGUCAACUGCGUCGCCGUGAGCCCCAUCUUGGGCGAGGUCGUCGCCUCGGGCGGCGAGGACCACACCGUGCGCCUGUGGGACAUGCGGGACCUGGAGCCCGGCGGCGGGAAUGCCAAGGCGAGCCGGGAGAAGCACACGGGCUUCAACCUCCCGCAUUUCACCCUCAAGGGCCACACUGGCGGCAUCGCGGCGGUGCGGUUCUGCGGGGACGGGAGGCUCUUGGCGAGUUGCUCGAAGGACCAGGGGACUGCGACGUGA